AUGUCUAAAGAUAUCAUAAAAAGGAAUACACUAGAACUUUGUUUUAUGGCAAAUGUUCUUCUUUAUUUUACUAAAUUUAGUGAUGUAAAAUCAUUUCUUCUUGUUUCUAAAAAGUGUCAGAAUUCUUGUAAAGUACUUAAAACGAACCCACUCAUUGAGUAUGGUAUAGGUGAAAAGAUAAGAAAUUGGGCAUACAAAAUGAUAUUAUUUUUUCCAAAUAUUCAAACAUUUAGAAUUAAAGAUUUAAAUGUUUUUCUUCCACAAAAGGUAAUUAACAAUAUUGAUUUUAUAGAAACAGUUUGUAAUUUUGAUCUUUACAAAAUGGAAAGUGGUGAUGAACAUUUUUCAUCUAUACCUUCUUUGGCAUUUCCCCUUUUUAUAAAUAGUCAUGGAGAUUAUUACUUCUACGAUUCAUUGAGAAACUAUUUACCAGGAAACCCAGAAGGAUGGUUACCAAAAGGUAUUCAUUCAAUAGGGACUGAAAUUCAUGAAAACCAGAAUUGUGCUAUAGAAAAGUUAGUCGAUUAUUCGAUUGUAUCUAAUUACAGCGCAUGGUGGUUUCUUAUUCACAUUACUUCUUUUAAAAGUUUAAGAUACUUAACUAUUAUUUUGGAAAAAGAAAUUAGUUGGACUUCCACAAAGUCUAACAGAGGUGAAUCAAACUCUAUUUAUUUAGAAAAUAUUAUGGAUUCUCUCUCACUAAAAAAUGCGUUACAAAAAGUUAAAUUAAUUACUAUAACAAAUACCAUUAAAGACUCUGUUUAUUAUCAAAUUAAGAAAUAUCCUAAAAUCAAGUUUAUUAUUAUUGCGUAUGACUGUCUAAAAAGUGAAAUUCAAAGAUGGAAAAAAGUGGCAUCACUACCAAAUGCAUAUAUUUUAUUUAAAUAUAUGAUCCCAGAGAUCUUAAUGGAAACAAAAUUUGUAAUUUCUGAACACUUUAGUAUGAAAUUUAAAUAUGGAUGGUAUUCUUCUCAUAUUAAAAAUAUAUGUAAAGAAAUAGAAAUGCUCAAUUACAUUAUUGAAAAAUUGGUAUUAAGUAUUUCUGUUCACUGUAAGAUAGAAGAUAUUCCUAAUUCUUUUUUUAAUCCACUAUACGACCUUUCAACAUUAAAGAUAAACGAGAUGCAUUUAGUCAUUAAUACUAAGACAAAGUACGACUUUAUUCUUCCAAUAUCGUUAAAAUCUUUAACAUUUUCAUCUGAUAUUACUUUUAGGAUGUCCACAAUUAGAAUGUCUUCAAUAAACCUUAGUCUUCAAACUCCUGGAUUAGAAUACUUACAACUGAAACAACUCAAACUCCCUUCUAUAAUAGAAAUAAUUCUCCCGAGCUCAUUAUCUAUUCUAAAUGUAUUAAGUUGUGAAAAUAUUACACUCAAAGGUGAUCCAUUGUUUAAUCUAGUACCCAAUAUAUUCAAUAAUUGUAUAAGAUGCAAAUUAAUAAACUAUUUUGAAUAA